AUGUCUUCGAAAGAUAAAGUUCCUUCUCCAACUCCGUCGUUAUCAUCAUCAUCGUCAGCGUCAUCGACAGCUGAUGAUAUCAAUUAUUCAAGAAAUAUUAAACGAAUGCUAAACCAUUUGAAGGAUCAGAUCUCUAAAGACGGCAAGUCACAGUUGCAACGACUUCUUGGAAAUAUUGAUAAUCCGCAAGAAUCUAAACCGAUGAAAGGCGUCUCAUUAGGCGAAUUAAAUAGUGCUGAUUUAUAUUUCAUCAUUGUGGCAAUAAUUGAAAGACGAGUCAUUCCAUUUAAAAUCGAGAAUCGUUCGUUGAAAAUCGAGUUAAAAAAUAUGAAAGAACGAAUCGUCGCUUUAGAGGAUCAAAUUAUGGGAAUAAACCGAAGACGCAGAGCGGUUAUUGGUGUAAGAAAAGGAAAGGAACUAACAAAUAUUGGCGGUUCGAGUUCACACAUUCCGGGUUGUUGA